AUCGAAACAUCACAUAGCUUCUAGCUUCAUAGCACGUGUGAAUCAAAAAUAAGUUAUUAAAAAUUAUCCUUUUUAAAAGGAUUUGUUAUUUUUUAUUGAUUGUAAUAGCAUUCGUUAAAUCAUGUCAAGUUUACUUGACAGUCCUUCUUUCGAUGAAGAUAUUAAAUCAAAAAAAGAUGAUAACGAAUUACGAGAAUUCUUAACGAUUCAAGAAGAAACGGCACGAUUUAAUGCACAGAUCCAUGAAUUUAAUGAAUUAUGUUGGGAUAAAUGUGUCGAUAAACCAGGAAAUAAAUUGGACAGUCGAACAGAAACAUGUUUAAAUAAUUGCGUUGAUAGAUUCAUCGACGUUUCAUUACUUAUCACUUCCCGUUUUGCUCAAUUAUUACAGAAAUCUGGGGGAAUAUAGAAUGUAUAUUAUUUAUAUAUAUUAAUAGUUACAUAUAAAUUCAAAUAAUAAAAUCAGUUGGUCUAUAUGGAAUUGUAUUUUGGAUAUACAAUAUAUAUAUACUUCAACAA